CACGACGGGCUAAACCAAAAUAAUUAGCCUCGCCUCUUGUCGCUGCACCCUGGGCCCAUCCCUACGACGGACCCCGCCUCCGGCAAAGACGAAUUUGUACGGCCGCGAAUCAGGACCACUAACCCGGAUCAAGUGGGCCAACGGGGCGCCUACCUGGCCCACAUGUCAGCACCUCGUCGGUGCCCACCCGUCCUCGUCGCAUGGCCUCCGCCGGCCACGCCUCACUGCGCAGUGGACACACGCCUAGGCUCCUAAAUAAAGAAGGCAACUGCGCUGUGGAAUCGCUCGCGACGCAGGAGGUGGCGGGGCGAGCGCUUCUGGUGGUGGUGGUGGCUCUCGUCGUCAAGCAGCGGGAGGGGGAGAGAGGAGCGGGCCGGCGGCGGAGGUGGAUGGCGGUGGAGUACCACUGCUGCUCGGCGGCCUUCUUCGAGCACAUCGUCAUCAUCGUCGUGCUCGUGCUCUUCGCGGGACUCAUGUCGGGCCUCACCCUCGGCCUCAUGUCCCUCAGCCUCGUCGAUCUCGAGGUGCUCGCCAAGUCCGGCACCGAGCAGGACCGCAAGCACGCAGCUAAGAUUUUACCUGUUGUGAAGAACCAGCACCUUCUGCUAUGCACUCUUCUAAUCUGCAAUGCUGCCGCAAUGGAGGCUUUGCCCAUAUUCCUUGAUAGCUUGGUGACUGCUUGGGGUGCGAUUUUGAUAUCAGUGACACUGAUUCUGCUGUUUGGUGAGAUCUUACCACAGUCCAUCUGCUCACAUUAUGGGCUGGCUAUUGGUGCUUCAGUUGCUCCAUUAGUCCGUGUGCUUGUUUGGAUCUGCUUUCCUGUUGCCUAUCCUAUAAGCAAGCUAUUGGACUAUGUGCUGGGUCAUGGUCAGACAGCUCUCUUCCGUAGAGCUGAACUAAAAACACUUGUCACUCUGCAUGGGAACGAGGCUGGCAAAGGUGGAGAAUUAACGCAUGAUGAAACUACCAUAAUAGCAGGAGCUCUUGAACUGACUGAAAAGAAAGCUAAAGAUGCUAUGACACCCUUGUGUCAAACAUUUGCAAUUGAUAUAAAUGCAAAACUUGACAGGAAUCUAAUGCAAGAGGUACUUGAGAAAGGGCAUAGCAGGGUUCCUGUUUAUUAUGAAAAGAAAACAAAUAUUAUUGGACUGAUAUUGGUGAAGAAUUUGUUAUCAGUUAGUGCUGAUGAUGAGGUUCCUAUAAAAAGUGUAACUAUUCGCAAAAUUCCUCGUGUUCUAGAAGAUAUGCCCCUCUAUGACAUCCUAAACGAAUUUCAGAAAGGUCACAGCCACAUGGCAGUGGUCAUAAGGAAAAACAAUCCAAGUUACCCACCAGCUGAACAAGCUGCCAAUGAUGGUGGAACUUUCGAGGUGUCUGUUGCGAUUGAUGAUAAGAACAGCGAAAAGGUCGUGAAAAACCUUCCAUCACCACUGCAAAGAUGGAAGAGCUACCCUAACACUCAGAAUGCAUCAAAUAGAGGAAAUAGGCCUAAAAAAUGGUCCAAAGAUCAAGCAGACGUUCUUCAGGUCCAUAAAGAGCCCUUGCCCACGCUGAAGGAAGAUGAAGAGGCUGUUGGGAUCAUAACCAUGGAGGAUGUCAUUGAGGAGCUUCUGCAGGAGGAGAUAUACGAUGAGACAGACGUACAUGAGGAACAAUGACGCAGGCCUCGCGCCCGCUGUUUAUAGUUCCCUCUAUGUGUUAGAAAAUGCGGUGCGGUAUAUGUAAUGUACGUAAACGUAUAUGUAUAGAUAGACAGAUACAUUGAGAGAUAUUUUAGCCGUAGCCCGUAGCCGUUCAUUGUAGUACUAUAUAUAGGUGGCUGGCUGUCUCGAGUAUAUAUUGGUAAAGACUGUUCGGAGUGCGUCGUCCUCGUCCAGAAGACCGGAACAGGAACAGCAGCAUGGCUUGGCUCUGGUCCUGAAAGGGAAAGAAACGGAAGCGUUGACGCGUCUGUGUAGCUGCUGGGUUCAGAAGAAACCCCAAUAAGAUACUACGUAUUUGUUUGUUUAUAUGUGAUGGCGGCAGGCUGAUACAUACCGUAUGUGUAUGUGAAUACCGAGAUGUGUCCACAUAA